AUGAAGUAUUCGUUAUUUAUCUUACCAGCGAUCGCGGCAGCGACAGCAAUUAAUUUUAACAAUCCUCAAAGGCUGGAAAUACGUGAGAAAGUUGCCACUGAUAGAUUCAGGAUUUUUUCAGAUGACGAACCAGUUCUUCCCCAUAACGUACAGCCAUACGGGAAUACUGACGUUUUGAAGAGGGACAAGGUUGAAGCGUAUGGCAGCUCCAAAAGGAAUGAUAGUUCAGAUUCAUUAGAUCCUGAAAGGUUCGAAAAACCAAGUCCUAUCUCAGAGUUCUGUAAGGAAAAUGACCAUUUCAUCGAAAAUUCCGGUGAUAUGUACAAUCUUCAGGCACAAUGUGACACUAUUCUGGGGAACCUUCAUUUUAAAGAUUACAACGAUGCGCUAAUUGAUUUUGGCAAACUACGCAGCGUCCAAGGCAGUAUUUUUAUUGAAAAUUGCUCUGCUCUGGUAAAGAUCGAAGGUCAUAAAUUGGAAAGGAUUCGCCAGACCUUUUCACUACGCAGUUUAACAUCUUUGGUUUCAAUUGACCUAUCUAGUUUGAAGGACGUAAGGGUUAUUAAUUGGAAAGUUCUACCCAUCUUGAAUGAAGCACUUAUCAGCAAUGAAGUAAAUGGCUUGUCAAGUCUCACAAUAUCUGACACUGCUUUACCCAUUAUCGAAGGUUUCAAGAAUGUUGAAGAUGUCGAUGUCUUUGAAAUUAACAACAAUAGGUAUCUAGAGUCGGUUAAGGCAAAUAUAAAACACGUCAGACAGAAAUUGAGUGUACAUGCGAAUGCCAGGGAAACUGAACUUGAAAUGCCACGACUUAUAUCUGCUGAAAAUAUAACAGUGAGAGAUACAUCGUCAGUAUACUUUCCUAAGCUCGAAGAAGUUGGAAGUUCAUUAGAAUUCAUCCAAAAUCACUUCACAGAGUUAAGAAUCUCUUCUUUGAAGACCGUAGGUGGUACCUUGGGUAUCAUCGAUAAUGGAAACCUAAAGCUUGCCAAUUUUAACAACGUCACUGACAUUCAAGGAGGCCUAAUGGUUGCGAAUAACACAAGAUUGGAAAAGAUUGAUUUCUUUUCCAAGCUGAGACAGAUAGGCGGCGCCAUAUAUUUUGAAGGCAAGUUUAAUGAUACUGACUUUCCACAAUUAAAAUUGGUCAAGGGUAGUGCAUUCGUUAAAACAAAUUCGGGAAGCAUGGAUUGUUCAAAAUGGACUACACCAAAAAGUGGGAGGUCGAUCGUUAGAGGAGGUAAGAUAAGUUGUAUCUCAGGUAGAAGACAGAAGGCUCAAAGCGUGAGUCAAGAUGGUUCAGUUCUAAGCGAGACCGACUCCGAAUACGAUGACACCUCAGAGUUCGGAAAUGACAAUGCAGGGAGUGGAUCAUUCGCCGGUAAAGCCCAAUCAGGUAGUACUAUAAAAAAGACGCCAAGUAUAUUGUGGAUUCUCACUGCUUCCUUGAUUGGGGCUUUAGGCCACUAUUUUUCAUAG